AGUUCGAAGACGCUGCAUUUCGCGUGCCAUCUCUCUCUCGUUGAGGGUUUGCUUUGAAUUUGGAGCUGCGAUCGUCGACAGUUGGAGCGAUCUGUGGAGUCCUUCUCUUUCUUAAUCAUUCCUUUAAGAAUUGGGGGCGCGUGACUUUCUUUUCGGUUACAGAGGGCUUCGUAGUUGAUUGUUGCUGCAUCAGUGGUUAGCGAAGUUUGUCGAACGAGAAGGGAAUCGAAGGUUGGAUUCGAGGUUGGGUUCAUAUGGACAAUUGGCAUUGUUGAGAUAUUGAUAUUUUUUGCGUCUUGUUUCUGAUGAGAAUCGCAUCUCAGGUCUAUUGCGAGGUAAAUGUAGUUGAAUUGAAUCUUGAGGUUUUAUGAAGACGGUUGGGAGAUCUCUGUUCGUGAGAUGGAUGCUGGUGAGGGGGAGGAUUAUGGACGUGAUCAAUUUUGCGUAAUUGCAGCACCUCAGUUGAGUUCAGGUGGCGUGAAGUGUAGAAAGAACUCGAAGGUUGCUUCAAAAUCCUACACCAGUAUGGUGAAUAAGACGAAGGUCGGCGCCAAUGUGGAAGUAGGCAAGGGUGUAGACGCGGAGGAGAAGAGCAAGGAUGAUCGUGACCAGGAAUCCACAAUGCCGUCCAAAUUGGCAACUGUUUUCGUGAAGAGGUCAUCUAGAAAGAACGCGAAAGUGGGGCAAGCUCAGAAAAGGGAGCUGGAUAAUUUACCUCUUGCUCUGGAUACGCCACCUCAGGAGUCAGUGACAAAACAGAAAGCGGCUCCCUCAUCCACUGGAAGGCAAUCUAAUGCCUCUCGGAAACAUUCACCUACUAAGAGACAAACUAGGUCGUCAGCGGCGACGAAGAAACGGAAGUCACAACAGCAUGGGACUGAUAGCAGGUCUGCUGCUGAAGUUCAUGGUUCUGACCUCUUUCUUCAAGCUAGGCUUGCAGCUGAGGAGAAUACAAGGUUAAGUGCAGGCAAAGCAACACACCCCUUCUUUGCUCGCCCAAACGAGGGUGGUGCAAGAUCUUCUGUGAUAAAAGAGCCAGCGCAGACGAUAAGAUGUCGAAGUCUUAAUCCAGCACCAGAGCAUGCUGAGACGAAUCUUCAAGUGAGCCCCCGUAAUCCCCUGCACCCCUUUGUCGCUCGUCAAAAUCUGCGAGGUGCAAAAGCUAUUAUAGCUGAUGAAGCCCCGGACAAUUGUGAAAGGCACAGUCAGCUUCCUUGUCCGCCUUUACACAUAACCCAGAACAUGCCCGAGGAAGAGACACUACCAACAUGGAAUUGGAACUGGAAAUGUUCUGGGGUGCCUGUUAAAGCUGGUGAGAAAAUUGAAGACAAGUGGUCGUUCUCAUGCUGCCAGCCUUCAUAUACAUGGAGUUGGUCGACUUCAAAGAAGCGGAAAAGGCGUGGACAGCCCAUCCCAAAGGUUGCUGUCUUUGGCCGAAUUAUUGAUUACUUAACGAAUUAUAACGCAGGUACAAAGUGCUUGUUUGAUGAGGAAGUGGAUUCUGUGGCUGCCAGAACUCAAAAGCUGGUGGAAAAGUUCUCGUCGUACUAUCAUCCUUGUGUAAAUAAUGAUUGUUUCGAACAGAAUUUAGAGUUACGACCCGUGACUGAACGCCGAGUGAAAGAUGUCAGUGGAGGUGGGAAUUCGUUAUGGACUAACCAGUAUCAACCUCGUAACUCGCAAGAGGUUUGUGGAAACAAGGAACCGGUCAGGGCCCUAAGCUCGUGGCUUCAGAACUGGAGAGAAAAGAUUCUUCGACAUAAUGGUGCAGUGAAAAGUGAAGAAGUUGAAGAUAGUUCCAAUGACGAUGACAGUGAGUAUGAAGAUUCAGCAUCUGAAAUUGAUGACAGUGAUGACUUGCAUAAUUGUCUCCUUGUGACAGGAUCUGUCGGGUGUGGUAAAUCUGCAGCUAUUUAUGCGUGUGCCAUGGAGCAUGGCUUUACCGUCAUUGAGGUCAAUGCAUCAGAAUGUCGGAGUGGAGCAAUGGUGAAGCACAAGUUUAAAGAGGCCAUGGAAUCUCAUGGUCUGAGCAAGGGGUUCUCAACUGCUUCAAUGGAUCCUAAUCAUGGAUCGUUCGCUGUUGAUCUAUUGUCGAAACAAGGAGAGGGUUGUGGGAGAAGUACUUCCCUUCAGCAUAAGUCCGAAAACCAGCUGUCUAAACACCAUAGUGUCUUUCGAAGCAAUCUGCCUCCUCCCUUUUUUCGGGGGUUAAGAGUAAUUCUUUUUGAAGAUGUGGACAUUGUAUUUGAGGAAGAUUCCGGGUUUUCUGGAGCACUGGCGUUGCUGGCCAGAACCUCCAAAUGUCCAAUCAUAUUUAGCAGCAACAGUCAAAAUCCAGUGCUGCCAAAUGUCUCUCCAGAAGUUAUCAGAUUUGAGCAACCGUCGACGGGUGAACUGGUCGCACACGCGUACAUGGUCUUUAUGUCGGAAGGAUUGACUUGCAGCCCAGAUACAGUCGAACAUAUUGUGAGAAGUAGUGGUCGCGACAUUCGCAAACUUCUCAUGCUACUUCAAUUCUGGAGUCAGGGAUCUACUUCCGACGCUGAACAUUUGAAGGGUGUCAGUACCGUCGGGGAUUUAAGGAUCUCGCAUAUUAACAUGCAAAGUCCUAAUUUGGUUAGUUGCUUGUUGCAGUUGGAUGGCUGUCCCCAAUUCCCUGCCUCAAGAAUACAUGCAGCUAGCAUGCUGGCUGAUGAGCAUACCAGUAACGAUUCUGAAGAAGUUUGUCAUGGAAAGAAAUUAAGAACUGAAUCCAUUUGUAAAGACCAUGUCUCAAGGAAAAGAUUUGACAGACGAUCUUUGGAUUCGGACUUGCUAUAUGCACAUGAUUGUCAACAUCGUGUGCUCCCUUUACUCUUUCCGGAUACUGAAGCAUGCCAGCUGACAGUCAUGGUUUUUAAACGCCUGAAAGAUGCUGGCCAGGACAUCAUGAUGAUGAUCGACUAUUUUGUUAGCAAAUGGUCGCGUAUUAGAUUUGACGUGCUGAAAAGCAAAUCGGAGACCGAAUUCCGGGUACUCAAUUCUGAGAGAAACUUACACUCUGCAGCUCGUAAAGAAGAUGGAAAAUUGUGUUCUAGAGGUGGUAGUAACAAAUGCAUGGCGAACAUGAUAUCUUUAUUGCAGGAGAAUGAGCGCAGUUGUUCAGGGGAGCGUGAAGAUUAUUUUAUAUCUGCAGGUUCGUCGGAUGACCAUGACAUGUGCGAUGUGCACCUAACUAGCGAACCCAGUGACGGCAUUGAUCUUGAGGACGACGAAUGGAUAAGAUUUCUUCCUGUCUUAAAUAUGAACACUUUAAGUUCAACCAAGACCGAAUGGAUACCCCGUAGACGUAAAUGCUCCCCUGCAUCACAAGCCAGUAGGAGCCCCUCAAGUAUGGCUGGUUUGGGUGUAGUUUCUUCCCCUCUAAGUGUAGAUAUUUCGGCUGUUACAGCUGAAGCUUACUCUCAGACCACUAAUUUGGCUUUAGAAGGCAGUUUUCCUUUACGACUUGGAAGGGUCGACGCACACACACCAGUAGAAGAGGUGGCAUUAAAUCUGACUCCAAAUUCAGGUGGGAACCUUGCGAUGCAUCCUGUUUUGAAAACCCCCUCUGAUUUGGGCAAACAGUCUUAUAGCUACGGCGCUAGUCUCGAGCAUUUUAUUCUCAGCGUAGCACAUUUUAUGAUGGAGAAGACAUGGUCAGAAGUGAGAAGUCUGCAGCCGGAAACAUUUCCAAGUAAUAAUUUGGACUCCACUACCCUGUUAGACGACGUUCUGCAUGAUUUGUCUGCAUGUGAUCUUUUAUCAAGACGAGCCGCUGUAGCAUCCAAGACGUUUAAAGGUUAUCGGAUAUCAGACUGCGAUGAUUGUGACGAGUAUGACAGUGGCGAUAGGUGUAGAGAAUCGGCGGUGGUGCUUGCACAACUGCGGUUAAAUCAAGCCUUAGGUCAAGCUACACCAUCAAAUAUCCUCUUUUCUGAAACUUGGCGAGCCCGUCCAUCUACUUCUGAUCAAGAUGCUGCCAGGGAAGAGAAGCGAGCGUAUGAGGACGAAUGUGUAGACCUACUUCUACCGCAGCGGUGUAUGCUCUCCGGAAGAUUAGCCAGAUUAGAUUACAUUUCAUUUCAUUCUCAACUCACCUCUUCUACAGCCGGUUCUGAAGUUCAAAUAAGACGCACAACGAGACAACGCAAGCCUAUAACUGUUUCAAACUAGCCGCUUUGAAUACAGCCGACAACCUUCAAUCGCUGACACUUGACUGCAAACCUCCCACGAGCCUUCUCACAACUUCUCGAGUGAUCAUUUCGAAACCGCUGUAGAGCCCGUAGUUCUUUGUAAAUGAUAACCCGUUACUUCGACGUAUCAUGUGUAGCAUAGUUUAAACGCCCGGGUAGAUUUCCUUGUGUGUGAUCGGUUUUACAGAGGUGUUUCCUACUCCGCAUUAUGUCUCUCGGUCGUAUUCGUUCUACCAGGCUGUCACAGCGGUUUACAGGAUCGGGCUAACCAUGGCAGAGCCACUUGGAGCUGGUUCAUCUGUGUCUUUUAUAUCUUCGUCGUUUUGUAUAUAACCAAUCUACAUCACUCAUGAUCUGCCUGAAUCUGUAAAUCGUAGUAGUGGGUUUUGGGCAUUGUCAACACAAGGGAAUCAAUCCUAGCGAUUACUGCCAUAGAUAUUCUCUGAAGUUUUCCAGAACCGACUCAUUGUUCGUCUGGAGCAGACAACCGGUCAAAUUGUGUUCAGGAAUCAACGCAGAUUGCAAAUCAGGUACAGUAUGAGCUCAUACUGUACCUGUAUGAGUACCUCUUGUUGGUAUGCUUUCUGAUCUAUUGGGUGAAAGAAGCGUAAGCGUCUGAUCGGAAAGGAAUAUUCGGUGCUGAGGUUGGUUGCAGAUGCCUUUGCUUGGAGAUACAUACUUAUAACUCAUGUUCAUCUUGAAGUAUUAGUCCAUUUAGAAGAGUUUUGACAUUCCAUCAACUUCAGCUCCAUUUCAUAUGACCUGUGAUUCUAUCGGGCAUCCUUAGUUAAUUCCAAUGUUUAAGAAAAUAUGUUUCUUUUGGAUUA